AUGCCCUCUAAAGCGGUGAUCGAGGCAAAGCUCGAAAGGCUCAGAGCAACUAUGGAGCGAUUGCAGAUCAACUAUGAUACCGCCAGGUGGGAAAUACAAGACCUAAUGGAGAAAAGGAGAGAGGCGCAGAGAAUAAUGAACGGAAAGAGGAGCGAGGCCGAAAAGGAUUCGGCAAGAAGGGAGCAUGAUCGCCUGUGUGCGACUAUUACAAGGCUCUGCGAUAAGCAAGAGGAGCGGGCUGAGCAGAUGCAGAACUAUAGGGACAAAGAGAGGGAGUUGUUGAGGGAUUUGCGCAUAGCGCUUUGGUGA